AUGUUUAACUUUGAAGCCCUGCCUCAGUGGGUCGGUUAUUCGCUGAUUAUUUAUCUCUCAUUACCAUUGCUAGUGUACUAUCUAAUUCCAAAUUUAUUUUAUGGAAAUAGAUCAACCAAAAAGAGAGUUAUCAUUUACGUAUUGGGGGAUAUCUCCCAUUCACCAAGAAUUUGUAACCAUGCUAAGAGCUUUAGCAGUAAGAAUUUCCAAGUCGAAUUAUGUGGGUAUGUAGAUUCCACUUUACCUAAAGUUAUUUCAGAAGAUAUCAACAUCACUGUACAUCCUAUCCCUAGAAUAAACGAAUUCGGUAUUAUAAGGAAAGUUAGUUUCCAAUUUAUAUGUAUUGCUGCAAAACUCUGGGAACUGAGAGGUAGUAACUAUGUGUUAAUCCAAAAUCCUCCAUCCAUUCCAAUUAUGCCAAUGGUAGCCAUUUAUAGGGUACUUACAGGUACUAAAUUGAUAAUUGAUUGGCAUAAUUUGGCCUAUUCCAUUUUGGCACUAAAAUAUAAUGGCAAUUUCUGGCACCCAUUAGUCUUGAUCUCAUACUUGAUUGAAUUUUGUUUCAGUAGAUUUGCAGAUUAUCACUUAACUGUCACAAAAGCCAUGGAGGAUUAUCUGGUAGCCAAAUUUCGUUUAAAUUCAAAAAGAAUCAGUGUCUUAUAUGAUAGAGCAAAUAAUCAAUUCCAACCUUUUGAAGUAACGAAAAAUUUUUCCAGGAAAGAUGCAUUGGCAACAGAGCCAUGUGUUAAGAAUUACAUUCCAUCUGAUUUCGAUAUUGAAAAAGGUGAUAGAAUUAUAGUUACAUCUACAUCAUUUACUCCGGAUGAGGACAUUGGUGUUUUAAUUGGAGCUCUAAAAAUUUACGAAAACUCCUAUGAAAAGUUUGACAAAGCUCUGCCUAGAAUCACCUGCUUUAUCACAGGAAAGGGCCCUCAGAAGGAAGAAUAUAUCAAGAAAGUUGAAGAAUAUGAAUGGAACCGUGUGUCAAUUGUCUUUCUCUGGUUAUCUGCGGAAGAAUAUCCAAAAUUGCUACGAUUAUGUGAUUAUGGUAUAUCCCUACAUACGUCGAGUUCAGGCCUGGAUUUACCGAUGAAAAUUUUAGAUAUGUUUGGAUCUGGUCUUCCAGUAAUUGCAAUGAAUUAUCCUGUAUUGGAUGAACUGGUAAAACAAGAUGUCAAUGGGCUGAAAUUUUCCGAUAGAAGGGAGUUACAUGAAUCGUUACUUUUCGCAAUGAAGGAUAAGAAAACAUAUGAAUCUUUGAAGGAAGGCGCCUACAAAGAAUCAGAAAAAAGAUGGUAUACGAACUGGGACAAAAGCUUUUCUGAAUUCAAGAUAAUUUAUUGA